GCCGCCAUUGGAGCGGGCCCCCCCCCCCUUUUCCCCCUUCGCCUCCUGACAGGAAAGGUUUAAGGGGGACAGAGCCCUGGGAGGCCGGGCCGGGCUCGGGGGCCGCCCCGGGGGCCCGGGCCAUGGAUGUGCGCCGUCUGAAGGUGAACGAACUUCGCGAGGAGCUGCAGCGCCGCGGCCUGGACACUCGCGGCCUCAAGGCCGAGCUUGCUGAGCGGCUGCAGGCGGCGCUGGAGGCCGAGGAGCCCGACGACGAGCGGGAGCUCGAGGCCGACGACGAACCGGGGCGACCCGGGCACAACAACGAGGAGGUCGAGACCGAGGGGGGCUCCGAGCUGGAGGGGACCGCGCAGCCACCGCCGUCCGGGCUGCAGCCGCACGCGGAGCCUGGCGGCUACUCGGGGCCGGACGGACAUUAUGUCAUGGACAAUAUUACCAGGCAAAACCAAUUCUAUGAAAGCCAGGUCAUCAAGCAAGAGAACGAGUCUGGCUACGAGAGGAGACCUCUGGAAAUGGAGCAGCAGCAGGCCUAUCGCCCAGUAGAAAUGAAGACAGAGAUGAAGCAAGAAGCACCCACCAGCUUCCUCCCACCCGAAGCAUCUCAACUCAAACCAGAUAGACAACAAUUCCAGAGUCGCAAGAGGCCUUAUGAAGAAAACCGGGGACGGGGGUACUUCGAGCACCGAGAGGAUAGGAGGGGCCGCUCUCCUCAGCCUCCUGCUGAAGAGGAUGAAGAUGACUUUGAUGACACCCUUGUUGCCAUCGACACAUAUAACUGUGACCUCCACUUCAAGGUGGCCCGAGACCGGAGUAGUGGCUACCCUCUCACGAUUGAAGGCUUUGCCUACCUGUGGUCAGGAGCCCGUGCCAGCUAUGGAGUCAGAAGGGGCCGUGUGUGCUUUGAGAUGAAGAUCAAUGAGGAAAUCUCCGUGAAGCACCUUCCUUCCACAGAGCCCGACCCACACGUUGUCCGUAUUGGCUGGUCCCUGGACUCCUGCAGCACCCAGCUGGGUGAAGAGCCAUUCUCCUAUGGCUACGGAGGCACUGGGAAGAAGUCCACCAACAGCCGGUUCGAGAACUAUGGAGACAAGUUUGCAGAGAAUGAUGUGAUUGGCUGCUUUGCGGACUUUGAAUGUGGAAAUGAUGUGGAACUUUCCUUCACCAAGAAUGGGAAGUGGAUGGGCAUUGCCUUCCGAAUCCAGAAGGAAGCCUUGGGAGGUCAGGCCCUCUACCCUCACGUCCUGGUGAAGAAUUGUGCGGUGGAGUUCAACUUCGGGCAGAGGGCAGAGCCCUACUGUUCCGUCCUCCCAGGCUUCACCUUUAUCCAGCACCUUCCCCUGAGCGAGCGGAUCCGGGGCACUGUGGGACCAAAGAGCAAGGCAGAGUGUGAGAUUCUGAUGAUGGUGGGCCUGCCCGCUGCCGGUAAGACCACGUGGGCCAUCAAACAUGCAGCCUCCAACCCCUCCAAGAAGUACAACAUCCUGGGUACCAAUGCCAUCAUGGAUAAAAUGCGGGUAAUGGGCCUACGCCGGCAGCGGAACUAUGCCGGCCGCUGGGACGUCCUGAUCCAGCAGGCCACCCAGUGCCUCAACCGCCUCAUUCAGAUUGCCGCCCGCAAGAAACGCAACUAUAUUCUAGAUCAGACAAAUGUUUAUGGGUCAGCCCAGAGACGAAAAAUGAGACCAUUUGAAGGCUUCCAGCGCAAAGCUAUUGUAAUUUGUCCCACUGAUGAGGACCUAAAAGACCGGACUAUAAAGCGAACUGAUGAGGAGGGGAAGGAUGUCCCAGAUCACGCGGUCCUAGAAAUGAAAGCCAACUUCACGUUACCAGACGUUGGGGACUUCCUGGAUGAGGUGCUGUUCAUUGAGCUGCAGCGGGAAGAAGCAGACAAACUGGUGAGGCAAUACAACGAAGAAGGUCGCAAGGCCGGGCCACCCCCUGAAAAGCGCUUUGACAACCGAGGUGGUGGUGGAUUUCGGGGCCGUGGGGGCGGUGGUGGUUUCCAGCGCUAUGACAACAGAGGCCCACCAGGGGGCAACCGAGGAGGCUUCCAGAACCGAGGAGGAGGCAGUGGUGGAGGAGGCAACUACCGAGGAGGUUUCAACCGCAGCGGAGGUGGUGGCUACAACCAGAACCGCUGGGGUAACAACAGCCGGGAUAACAACAAUUCCAACAACCGAGGCAGCUACAACCGGGCUCCCCAGCAACAGCCGCCACCACAGCAGCCCCCGCCACCGCAGCCUCCACCGCAACAGCCGCCGCCACCACCCAGCUACAGCCCCGCUCGGAACCCACCAGGGGCCAGCAGCUACAACAAGAAUAGCAACAUCCCUGGCUCGAGCGCCAAUACCAGCACCCCCACUGUCAGCAGCUACAGCCCUCCACAGCCGAGUUACAGCCAGCCACCGUACAACCAGGGAGGGUACAGCCAGGGCUACACAGCCCCUCCACCUCCACCUCCACCACCGCCUGCCUACAACUAUGGGAGCUAUGGCGGCUACAACCCGGCUCCCUACACCCCACCGCCGCCCCCCACCGCACAGACCUAUCCUCAGCCCAGCUAUAACCAGUAUCAGCAGUAUGCCCAGCAGUGGAACCAGUACUAUCAGAACCAGGGCCAGUGGCCACCAUACUACGGGAACUACGACUACGGGAGCUACUCCGGGAACACACAGGGAGGCACAAGCACACAGUAGCCGGUGUGCUCUGGAGGCCCCUGCCGGCUUCCUCCACCAGCGCCCACCUCGGCCCCCUCGUCUACCCCCACUGGGUCCUGUGGUGCUGGGGGACGGGUCAUCCCAGGGCUGCCUCCUUUCAGCCCACUGCCUCCCCUCUGAGGGGCUUCUUCCCCAACACAGGGCCGGGCAUUUUUCUCUGGAUUCAAACAGGCAACAGUGACCUUUUAUUUUCUGUUUGUCCCCUUCUUCCUCCCCUUCUCCUCUUCUUCCUCCUCCCCUCCUCCUUUUUGACUGAAGACCCCCCCCCCCCUUGGUCAAACAGUGAGGCUGCAGUGGCUGAGGGAGGGCCCCUUCUGCCCGUCUGUCCCAGUCCUGCUCCAGCCCCCUCAGCUUCCCACACCCUCAUGCAGUUGGUUGUAAAUUCUUCCAGGAGCUGUUUUACUGUCUACUUUUCAGGAUUUAAAAAAAAAAAAAAAUCAAAAACUUAAAAAAAAAAAAAACCCACAAGUUUAAAAAGUAAAAUGCGGAGGGAGGAAGCAGUGACAGAUUUUUUUUUUUUUGGUAAUUAUGCUUUUUUUUUUUUUUUUUUUUUUAAUUUUUAGAAUUUCUCUGUUUUUACUGUGGCUGUCGAUACUUCAUCAGGAUAACCAUUUCUUUGCUGAGUUCAGGUGACUGAGGAAGAGCCACACCCUCAAAACAGAACACACAAAACAAAACUAUAGAAUCAUCUUUAACCUAACUUUUUAUACGAUGUCUCAGUUUCCCGUAACUUUGCACACAAGCUUCUGUGUUGAGUUGAAUUGUAACUGCUUUUUGUAUUUGGAGAGAGUGUGACUAUUGAACUUGAAACCUUUUA